GAGGUGUACCGAACCAGAGAGAAAGAAGAGGGAAGAAGGCACCGAGAGAAAAUAAUUGUGAGCGGUUAUUGGUCCCGGCAGGACCAGGGAAUGAAUAGAGAUGAGAGGCUUUCGGUUGAAGAGAACUGAGAUAGGUGGCCAAGCCAAACGCAGAAUCGGCGGCAGAAAUUGCCACCGGAAGCACGUCGAAGACGGGUGAACGUGAAAUCUGUAAAGUUAAAAUCCCGUUUGGAAAUUGUAAUUCGUAGUGCUAGUAGUGAAGACUAGAGAGUAUUGUUUGUUUGGGUAUUUUUUUGUUUUUUUGUUUUUUUGUUAUUAUUUUGAUGAUGGGUGAGAAAAGCAAAAGGGGCAGCGGCGAGGGGAUUAACACGACGCUGCUCCACGGGAAGUACGAGUUGGGCCGGUUGUUGGGCCACGGGACGUUCGCGAAGGUGUACCACGCGCGGAACCUGAAGAGCGGAAAGAGCGUGGCGAUGAAGGUGGUGGGGAAGGAGAAAGUGAUGAAGGUAGGCAUGAUGGAGCAGAUAAAGCGAGAGAUCUCAGCGAUGAACAUGGUGAAGCACCCGAACAUCGUGCAACUGCACGAGGUAAUGGCCAGCAAGUCCAAGAUCUACAUCGCCAUGGAGCUCGUGCGCGGCGGCGAGCUUUUCAACAAGAUCGCCCGCGGCCGCCUCCGGGAGGAAACCGCCAGGCUCUACUUCCAGCAGCUCAUCUCCGCCGUCGACUUCUGCCACAGCCGCGGCGUCUUCCACCGCGACCUCAAGCCGGAGAAUCUCCUCCUCGACGAGGACGGCAACCUCAAGGUCACCGACUUCGGUCUCAGCACGUUCUCGGAGCACCUCCGCCACGACGGCCUCCUCCACACCACGUGCGGCACGCCGGCCUACGUGGCGCCGGAGGUCAUCGGCAAAAAAGGCUACGACGGCGCCAAGGCCGAUAUUUGGUCCUGCGGCGUAAUCCUCUACGUCCUCCUCGCCGGCUUUUUACCCUUCCAAGACGACAACUUGGUGGCCUUGUAUAAGAAAAUUUACCGCGGUGACUUCAAGUGCCCACCCUGGUUUUCUUCCGACGCUCGCCGACUCAUCACCAAGCUCCUCGACCCGAACCCGAAUACCCGAGUCACCAUCUCCAAGGUCAUGGACUCGUCCUGGUUUAAAAAACCGGUUCCCAUGGUGGGACCCAGGAGAGACGAACGGGAACUGAAACUCGACCCGGAGGAGUCUAGUUCCAUGAAGGAGUCCACCAUGAACGCCUUUCACAUAAUUUCGCUCUCGGAGGGGUUCAAUUUGUCGCCGCUGUUCGAGGAGAAGAAGAAGGAGGAGAAGGAGAUUCGGUUCGCGACGACGCGCCCCGCGAGUAGCGUGAUUUCGCGACUGGAGGAGGUGGCGAAGGCGGUGAAGUUCGACGUGAAGAAGAGUGAGACGAAGGUGACGUUGCAGGGUCAGGAGCGGGGGCGGAAAGGGAAGCUGGCAAUUGCUGCGGAUUUGUACGCCGUUACGCCGUCGUUUUUGGUGGUGGAGGUUAAGAAGGACAAUGGUGACACCUUGGAGUAUAACCAGUUCUGCAGCAACGAGCUUCGUCCCGCGCUUAAAGACAUCGUCUGGCGGAAUUCUCCUGCCGAGAAUCCGACACCUGCUUGAACCCUUCGACGUGUUGUGUUGUCGUUUUGCAACACUCAGUUGUCGUUCCGUUGUGGCUGUAUGCAUAUGUUUGUUUGUGAAUUCUUGUUUCAAGUCUGGACUGGGAGAUAUUUAAUUAUUUGCUUGUUGCUUGUUUCUUGUUUAUUGUUUCGUUUCAAUUCUCUGUUUUGGCCUUUCGGGUGUGAGUCUCGUGAGUCUCUUACCCCGAAAGGGGAAUUUCAUUGUUGAAAAGCCAAAUGCACCAAUGAAUCCAAAUCGACGUCGAUCGAGAUGUCUGUCGAUGGUUCAGGUACAAGUGCUGAGUGCUGUUGUUCUCGUGGUUGAAGUUGUUGUUAUGUUGGUGUCAUUGUGAAUAUGUUUGUGAAUUUGAUUGGUGUGGCUCA